CGAUGCGAGUCCUUCCUGGUUCCGCUUCCAUUGGUUCCCCGGGUGACGUCAGCAGGAAGUGUGUGCGUUGCCGGCUGAGGUCCCCAGCUGCUGUAGCCUCAGCCAAAAUCAUGGCGUCCAGGGGUACAACCGAGACGAGCAAACUCAGACAGAACCUGGAAGAACAGCUGGAUCGUCUGAUGCAGCAACUUCAAGACCUGGAGGAAUGCAGAGAUGAGCUGGACGCCGAUGAGUACGAGGAGACGAAGAAAGAAACGUUGGAGCAGCUGAGUGAGUUUAGCGACUCCCUGCAGAAGAUUGUGGCAGGAAACAUGACGCUGGUGGAUGAGCUCAGCGGGAUGCAGCUGGCUAUUCAAGCAGCGAUCAGCCAAGCCUUUAAGACGCCUGAAGUCAUCAGAAUGUUUGCGAAGAAGCAGCCCGGGCAGCUGAGGACGCGGUUGGCAGACAUGGACCGGGAUCUAAUGGUGGGUAAGCUGGGACGGGACCUCUACACACAGCAGAAAGGGGAGAUCCUCACUGCACUGCGCAAGCUGGGAGAGAAGCUCACCGCAGAUGAUGAGGCCUUUCUCUCAGAGAACGCAGGCGCUGCGCUCAGCCAGUUUCAGAAAGUCUCCGAAGGUUUAGGGUCCGGGCACAAGGUGUUGGCUCUGGCGAGCAUUGAAGUGGGGAACACUAAGAAGUGAUGGCUCAGAAGAGUGCUGCGGUUUUCCUGGUCACUCCGCCUCUUGCGUUGCUUUGCUACGCGGAGACUGGUGGCCGGUGUGUGUGUAUAUGUUUGGAGUGUGUUUUGUAUUAGAACAGGAUGUGCAGUUUCAUACUCUACGGGGGGGUGUUGUUG